AAGCUUCUGGGGUCGGCUCAGCUCUCGAAGUCUCCCAUGCCCAAAGCUGGCUUGGAGCCAUCCCGAUCUCUACAGCUUGGAGCUGUUGGCUUGAUUUUUGUACUCGUUCUGCUGGUGCAGCGCGUGCUUGCGCUGCAACGUGCCUGCGCUGAGCUUGGGCAGGCUUUGGAGCUCUUGGCAAAGGUCUUGCGCGAACGGCCCAUGCUUGCUCCUGAUGCAGGUUUGGAAAGCUUGGCCUUUUCGAGUUCGCUGUAUGAGGACACUUUCAGCCGAGUUUCCCGGAGCCUCAAGGGCCGUCCGAAGCUUGGUUCACUAGAUGGUUUACACUAUGGCGGCUAUGACAGCUUUGGUGAUGCCUACGACAGCUACAGUCUCGAUAGCUUUUACUGGAAGGAGCGCCUUGCUCAGGACUUGGAGCACAGGCGUCGCUUUGGCGACUUCUACCACCGUCCCACUCGCUUUCAUGACGAUCUUCCAGGCCUUGGCCACGAUUGGUACUCAGGUGACUUUGAUCGAAGCCCCUGGACAGGCGCAAGCUAUGGCUUAGACGACUGGACUGGCAUGCCAGUGGUGCGUGUCCGUGGUUCAGUGAUGCGGCGUGCGGCAAAUCAAAGCAAUGCAUUUGAGGAGGCACUCUCAUCCCAGUCUCGUUUUCCAGAGGGAGGAGGUGCAUCCUCGAGGCCUUCCAGGCCGUCACGGACGUCACCGGAAAUACCACGAAUUCUUCAUCAAACUUGGAAGACGGACCAGGUUCCUGCAAAGUUCCGCAACCAUCUACAGUCUUGGCGCCGGCUUCAUCCAGGUUGGCGCUUCGAGUUCUGGGACGACCAAACGAGUCGGAGACUUAUGGCAGAGAAGUAUCCAAAGCAUCUGCGUCAAUACGACAGAAUGUCUGGGAUCAAACGUGCCGAUGUUGCACGGCUGGUCGCUCUGUCCGUGUAUGGUGGGGUCUAUGCCGACAUUGAUGUGGAAGCGACGCGGUCACUGGAGCCGUUGCUGCAUGCAGCCGAAGCCACAAAUGCAGCAGUGCUGCUAGGUGAGGAGAACCUCGUUCAUUCCGUUCUUCUGGAGCACAAGGCAGAACCAUUGGUCAGCAAUGCCGUGAUGAUAGGAGCAGCUGGACAUCCUUUCUGGGAGGAAGUUCUUCAAGAGAUCUUCAGCAGAUCUUGGUGCGGAGAAGACCCAGUGCAAUGCACCGGUCCACGGAUCGUUGAUCGAGUGAGCUGGGAGCACUUGAGGCGGAAUCCAGCAUGUCACAAGAGCGGGUGCGUUCUGAGACUUCGCUACGACUACUUUUCUCCCAACAUUGCGCUUUGGAACGCGGGUAACAUGGUCAAAGAAUGCCGACCGCGGGACCGUUACAGUCGCUGGAGCUGGGGGUCAACGAGCAAGGAGCCUGUCGCGAGCUUUGGAUCGACCAACGGCUCUUCAUAGCAAUCGCACUUUUGCAGUUCACCAUUGGCAAUGUAGCUGGUGCAGAGAAGACGAGGCUUUGAGGAAAAGCGUCUCUCUUGCCGAGAUUGUUUGGGCCGUCAUGAAUGAGUCUCAAGCAGAGGCGCCUUUGCUUGUCACCGCGGCAGAAAAAGAGUGUCAAAGCAAACUUGGGCAGAAACUGACAAAGGAAGCCCUUGGGCCCUUGCAGAGAGUUGCAAAUACACGCUGUGUGCAGGCCGACCUGGAGAAGCCUCUG